CGUCGGUCACAGGCUGACUGCCGUGGUACCAACCUCAUUUCCCUCAGUGUUGACCCGGGAGGAGGGAAGAUGGUGCUGGAUCUGGAUUUGUUUCGGGUGGAUAAAGGAGGGGACCCGGCCCUCAUCCGAGAGACCCAGGAGAAGCGCUUCAAGGACCCGAGACUAGUGGAUCAGCUGGUAAAGGCAGACGGCGAGUGGCGAAGAUGCAGAUUUCGGGCAGACAACUUGAACAAGCUGAAGAACCUGUGCAGCAAGACAAUUGGAGAGAAAAUGAAGAAGAAAGAGCCAGUGGGAGAUGAUGAGUGUAUUCCGCAGAAUGUGGUGAAUCUUGAUGACCUCACCGCAGACACUUUAGCUAACCUGAAAGUGUCACAGAUCAAAAAACUCCGACUCCUCAUCGAUGAAGCGAUCCUGAAGUGUGACGCUGAGCGGAUAAAACUGGAGGCAGAGCGGUUUGAGAACCUGCGAGAGAUCGGGAAUCUUCUGCAUCCCUCCGUGCCCAUCAGCAAUGAUGAGGAUGCAGACAACAAAGUAGAGAGGAUUUGGGGUGAUUGUACGGUCAGAAAGAAGUACUCUCAUGUGGACCUGGUGGUGAUGGUUGAUGGUUUUGAAGGCGAAAAAGGGGCCAUUGUGGCUGGGAGUCGAGGGUACUUCCUGAAGGGAGUCCUGGUGUUCCUAGAACAGGCACUCAUCCAGUAUGCCCUUCGCACCUUGGGAAGUCGGGGCUACACUCCCAUUUAUACCCCCUUCUUCAUGAGGAAGGAGGUCAUGCAGGAGGUGGCACAGCUCAGCCAGUUUGAUGAAGAACUUUAUAAGGUGAUUGGCAAAGGCAGUGAAAAGUCUGAUGACAACUCCUAUGAUGAGAAAUACCUGAUUGCUACCUCAGAGCAGCCCAUUGCUGCGCUCCAUCGGGAUGAGUGGCUGCGGCCAGAGGAUUUGCCCAUCAAGUACGCGGGCCUGUCCACCUGUUUUCGCCAGGAGGUGGGCUCCCAUGGCCGUGACACCCGUGGCAUCUUUCGAGUCCAUCAGUUUGAGAAGAUUGAACAGUUUGUCUACUCGUCACCACAUGACAACAAGUCGUGGGAGAUGUUUGAAGAGAUGAUUACUACCGCAGAGGAAUUCUACCAGUCUUUGGGGAUCCCUUAUCACAUUGUGAAUAUUGUCUCAGGUUCUUUGAAUCAUGCUGCCAGCAAGAAGCUUGACCUGGAGGCCUGGUUUCCGGGCUCGGGAGCCUUCCGUGAGUUAGUCUCCUGUUCUAACUGCACGGACUAUCAGGCUCGCCGGCUCCGAAUCCGAUACGGGCAAACCAAGAAGAUGAUGGACAAGGUGGAGUUUGUCCACAUGCUCAAUGCUACAAUGUGUGCCACUACUCGCACCAUCUGUGCCAUCCUGGAGAACUACCAGACAGAGAAGGGCAUCAUUGUGCCCGAGAAGUUGAAGGAGUUCAUGCCACCAGGUCUCCAAGAGCUGAUUCCCUUCGUGAAGCCAGCACCCAUAGACCAGGAGCCAUCAAAGAAGCAGAAGAAGCAACAUGAGGGCAGCAAAAAGAAAGGGGCAGUGAGAGAUGUCGCCCUGGAAAAUCAGCUGCAGAACAUGGAGGUCACCGAUUCCUAAACAUUCAUUCCUCCCAGUUCCUUCGGCUGGGAUCUCAGAGCCUGCCCAUGAGCAGGGGAGCUAAGCACUCACUCAUCGCCCGCCCCAUCUGACUGCAUCGUCACAAGGGGAACCAUCUGCCUUGCACUACACAAUGUUCCUGUCUCUUCCCAUGGGCCUAGGAUCCAAUCAUUGCUGACUGAUGAAACCAUGUAAUAAAGCAUCUCUGGGGAAGGCUACGACUCUUCCUCAGCCUGGGGCUGAGCCAUC